CGCGCACCCGAGAGGGAGGCGAAGGGACGCGCUCAGUCUCCCUCAGUCAGCGGGUGCGCGCGCGCGCGGUCGACAGAGACAACAACGGGAUGCUCGGCGGUCUCCGUCCUGCUACAAAGUACCAAAAGAGACUUUUGGGAGCCACUCUGGACUGUACUUCAGGACUGUUUCCCUGAAGGCUGCUGAACUUGAAGGAUAUCUUUCUCUUCGUGUUGUAACACGGAGGACUGCGGCAGACUUUUGAUUUUGUUGAGGUUGGCAGCCACAAGUGACUUUUCUCCCUCGGUGCUGGAAAAAAGUCUGGUCCUGGAAGGCCACAGCUGCGCAUUCUGAAACAUCGUAGUUCCCCAGACCUGAACCUAUGCUAGUGGUUUCUAUAGAAGUACAGCUCAGAUGCCAUUUGAUUGUAAUGUCCCUGCUGCGCUCCCCAGGAUGGAAGGUUGUGCUCACGAAAAUGCAGCUAGGUGGCCAAUAGAGAAAAUGCCUCUUUAAGCCCAAAACUGGAGACCAAUGAGUGUUUGCCGUGGCUCCAAGCAUGGCCCCCAGCUUUGCUGUUUCUGGCCUGAUGCUGCUGUCUCUUCUCUGGGGCAGCUUCGGUGUGCCACCGGACCACAUCUACCUCACCUUCUCCCGCAAUGACACCAGCUUCCAGCACCUCGCCCUGCAUCCCGACCCCUCUGUGGGCACCGUCUACAUCGGGGCACAGGACCGCCUCUUCCAGCUUAACAGUAAACUGGUGCCAGUGCUGGAGGAGAUAACCGGCCCGGUGAUGGAUAGCAAGGACUGCCUGCCUCCCGUCACAGAGAGUAACUGCCCCCAGGCUCGGCGCACCAGUAACCACAACAAGCUGCUGCUGGUGAACCCCUACUCCCAGGAGCUCAUCAGCUGUGGUAGUGUUAACCAGGGCAUCUGUCAGAAGCGUAGCCUGGACUCCAUCCAGGAUGUGCUGUUCUCCACUAAAAGGCCUGUAGACACACAAUAUGUGGCAGCCAAUGACCCUCUGGUCUCCACUGUGGGCUUGGUUGUACAGUCACGCGGUCGAUUGCCAGUGCUUUUCGUAGGGAGGGGUUACACCAGCAGCCACCCACCUAUCUCAACCCGCAACCUAGCCUCUGAGCCCGUCUUCUCCUACGAGGAGACAGCCAAGCUGGCGGUGGCUGGCCGGCUUUCGGAGUACGACCACCACUUUGUUAAGGCUUUCUCCCACGGCUCGCACGUCUACUUUCUCUUCUGUCGGCGGGACAUCAAAUCGCAAUCGCGCGAAUACAAGACGUACAUAUCGCGUGUCUGUCUUGACGACACCUCCUACUAUUCAUACGUGGAGGUGCCGCUGGUCUGCCGCUCUCCACAGGGGAACAGCUACAGCCUCCUGCAGGCGGCAUGUGUGGGCCUUCCAAAUGGGGGCCCGGGCAGCAAGGUGCUCCUGGGGGUCUUCUCCACUCGUCUGGCUUCUUCCAGUAAGCCUGGCGAGGACUCGGCACUCUGUGUGUUCCCUCUGGAGGAGCUAGACAAGCAAAUCAACUCCACACGGGACCUGUGCUACACUCAGGAUGGCCGAACCGAGGGAGGAGUUGAGACAGCCUACAUUGAGUAUGAGGUCAAGUCCAACUGUGCCAACUUGCCUCUGAACACCCUGGCAGCCUACCCUUGUGGCUCUGACCACACCCCCAGCCCAAUGGCCAGUCGGGUGCCAGUGGAGGCAGCACCUGUGUUCUAUAGUCCCGCUGCCCGUCUCACAGCAGUGGCUGUCAGUGUGAGGGAUGGUCAUGCCAUUGCCUUCCUGGGAGACUCCAAAGGAAAUCUACACAAGGUGUUCCUGGGGCCCUCUGGUGAGGUAGAGGAAUACUCUACUGUCCUUGUCCAGGCCAACACAGCCAUCAGCGGGGAUCUGUUCCUGGACCAGGCUCAUGAGAAUCUCUUCAUCAUGACCAGCCAUACGGUGGAGAAGAGGCCAGUAGCUGAGUGCCAUGACCAUUCAGACUGCCUGUCCUGUUUAUCCGCCCGUGACCCGUACUGUGGCUGGUGUGUGCUGGAGGGAAGGUGUGGACUGCGAGGGGAGUGUACACGCGGGGAGCAGCUGGGACAGUGGCUCUGGAGCUUCCAAAGAGAGCAGCGGUGUCUUGAGAUCCUCUCACUGAGCCCUGCCAACAUCAGCCGGGAGGAAAGGAGAGAUGUGUUUCUAUCGGUACCAGGACUGCCCAGCCUUGCAGAAGAGGAGGAAUACUCCUGCUUCUUUCAGGGAUACGAGAGCCCUGCCACUGUCACCGAGGCAGGCAUCACAUGUUCCUCCCCUGAGGCUAGCCAGGUGCCCUCCAUACCCACUGGGAAGGACUCCACCACGGUCAUCCUGUCCCUCCGCUUCCUCAAUGUCACUGUUGCCACCACGGAGUUCACCUUCUAUGACUGCAGCGCCAUCCAGCAGCUCUCCGGAAGUAUGCCGUGUCGUGGCUGCGUGCACAGCCGCUGGGGCUGUCAUUGGUGUGUCCACCAGCAUCUAUGUACCCACAAGUCCAUUUGUGACCACAGUGCCAUCAUUUACAAUGAGCAGUUCAAAAUUCCCCCUUCACCUACACCUAUGGAUGCUGCCUUUGAAGCAUUAACGUCAGCCAUCCCAGCUGCGACUCUACCACCUACCAUCUCCUCUGCAUCAUUCACCACCGCGUCCACGGUUGCACAGGCUACUGUCGGGGCCAAAGAUGAUACUUCAGCAACUACCCUGAAAGUCAGCUUACCCAGCACCCCUGAGCCCACCAUGAUCCCUGCCACCCCACCACGAGCAACCACACCCACAACGCCUCGGCCCACCACACUCGACCACGCUACCACUGCACUUGCUGAAGCCACCACCCUUCUGCAGACAGGGACAACUUCAGACCAGGGCACUGAGGAUGUCACCUCUUUGUUAAUAUCCAAAGAGCGGGGCAGAGGGGAAGUGGAGCCACCUGCUGAGCCCCAGGAGGAUGUCCUCAACACUCCAGUUCCGCCUCAUGUAAAUCUCACCAAGGAGACUGUGAUUGAUUACAAUCUGUCCUUGGAGGGACUCAGUACUGAAUCAGAGCCAUCUUCUGACAGAUCCACUUCAAUCUCUAGUGUCUUAUCUCUCCCCCUUACGGUGCCAGACAGCCAACAUGCCACAUCGUACCCACCUCAAAGGUCUCCUUCCCAAAUGCCACCCACAUUAAACCCUAAGGAAGGCACAGAUGAUGCUCCCGAGACCUCACAUGGGCUGGCAGAGGGAAAAGGACAUGAGAUGGAGGCCAAUGCAGAAAGUGACACAACCGUGUUCUCAGCCACUGUGCUUUCAGGGGAUGGGGAUGCCGACCAGGCCCCUGCUGCCUACUCACACUUGCAAGACCCCCAAUAUGACUCCGACUAUUACUUGCCGGGUGACGAAGGGGUCUCUGGAAACAUGGGGUCUUCAGCCUGCCCCUGUGUUGAGACCGUUCAGGGCUCCACCCUCCUGCCCGUAGGUGUGGAAAGGAAGAUCACCUUGAUAGCACGCAACCUUCACCUCUUUCAGGAUGAAGACUAUGAGUGUGAACUGAUGAUUGAAGGACAAGCCGUGGUUGUAGAUGCAUAUGUGGAAGUGGAUGAUUUGGACAUUUCACUCUUCUAUAUCACUUGCCAGCUGCAUGAGUAUUCGUAUUCUGCUUCCCUUGAGGAGUAUAAUGUCGUGGUUCAUGUAAAGAGAAGAAAUUCUUUCCAUUUGGACAGCGCUGAGGACCUCCACGUGACCCUGUACAACUGCUCUGUGGGACGCUCUGACUGCAGCCGUUGCCGCACGGCUCACCAAAAGUAUGGCUGCGUGUGGUGCGGGGGCACCCAGGCCCGCUGUAUCUACAGGGAUACCUGCGCCAAUCAGGUCGAGUCCACCUGCCCAGCACCCCUCGUUCACUUUUUCGAGCCCUUGUCAGGUCCACUGGAAGGUGGCACCGCCAUCACCAUCACAGGGUCCAACUUGGGCCAGAAAGCCCAGGACAUCCAGCACUCUGUCACUGUAGCCGGCCUUCCCUGCUCUGUGCUCCUCAGUCGAUAUGAAGUCUCCUCCAGAAUUGUGUGUGUGACCUCAGCCAGCAUGGGGGAGAGAAGUGGACUGGUGUCAGUGGAAGUGACCAGUGGAGGGUAUGGGCUGUCUAGCCAGAAGUUCAGCUACCAGGACCCGGUGGUUAGUCGUGUGUCACCUCUGAGAGGCCCAAAAGCAGGAGGGACCUUGCUGCUCAUUACAGGAAGGAACUUGCUCACAGGUCACCUCAGCGAGGUCUGCGUGUUCGUUGGAGACGUGCCUUGCCUCAUCUCUUCUGAAGUGCAGGAGAACAGGAUUGAGUGCCGGACUGGUGUCAGCAACAGGACGGGGGAGCAUCGUGUAACGGUGCGCUACGGCAGCGCUGAGCGCCAUCUGUUGGGCAGCAGUUACCACUACACUCUAAAUCCCAACAUCACCUUUGCUGCCCCCUCCAAGAGCUUCCUGAGUGGUGGGCGGAUGAUUCAUGUAUCUGGACACAACCUGGAUGUGGUUCAAGAGCCUCACAUCUUGGUGACGGUGUCCCCGCUGGAGCAACACCACCCUACAACCAGUAGGCGGAGGAGGAGGAGCAGGGCCAGAAGAGCCGCAGAACCGGAGUCCCUCGACGCAGGUUCACUGAGGCAUCGGCGCAUUGUUCCAGAACCUGGCUGUCCCAAGGAUGUACUCUGUAUCAUGAAACAGUAUACAGAGCGCUGCCAAGUGAACACCUCCACCCUGAUCCUGUGCCCAACGCCCACCUUGGAGGCUGAGGCUCACCGUGCUCGAGUUCAGGUGGAGUUCCUCCUGGACAACCUGCGCUUUGACUUUGCCUCCGUGAGCCCAACCGCCUUCAGCUAUGAAGUCAACCCCACACUGCACCAGCUGAACCACCAUGAUCCCAGCAAGCCCUACAGAUACAAACCAGGCAGUAUCAUCUCAGUGGAGGGAGAGAACCUGGAUUUGGCAAUCUUCAAGGAGGAGGUGGUGGCUCUGAUUGGAGAGGGAGUGUGCUCUGUAAAGACUCUGACUCGAAACCACCUUUACUGCGAGCCCCCGGCCCUGCAGCCCUUGGCGGGUCCCGGGAGAAAGCGUGAUGGCACAGAUGCCCUCCCAGAGUUCAUUGUCCUGAUGGGCAACCUGAACUUCUCCUUGGGCAAGGUCCAGUACGACAUCCAAAGUCUGUCCACUUUUCCGUUGGAGGCCCAAAUUGGAGUUGGUGUUGGGGCCUCUAUUGUGGCUCUCAUUGUGCUCAUCAUCGUCCUCAUAUACAGGAGGAAGAGCAAACAAGCCCUGAGGGACUACAAGAAGGUCCAGAUUCAACUAGAGAACCUUGAGACUAGCGUGAGAGACCGCUGCAAGAAGGAAUUCACUGAUCUCAUGACAGAGAUGAUGGAUAUGUCCAGUGACCUUGUUGGCUCUGGUAUCCCCUUCCUGGAUUAUCGUAUGUACGCAGAACGGAUCUUCUUCCCUGGGCAUCGCGAGUCACCGCUUCAUCGUGAUCUAGAUGUACAGGAGUGCCGAAGGCAAACCGUAGAGCAAGGUCUGGUGCAGCUGUCCAACCUGCUCAACAGCAAACUUUUCCUCACUAAGUUCAUCCACACCCUGGAGAGCCAGAGGACCUUCUCACCCCGGGACCGUGCAUAUGUGGCCUCCCUGCUGACUGUGGCUCUGCAUGGCAAGCUGGAGUACUUCACCGACAUCCUCAGGACGCUCCUGAAUGACCUGGUGGAGCAGUAUGUGGCCAAGAACCCAAAGCUCAUGCUCCGCAGAACGGAGUCUGUGGUGGAGAAGCUCUUGACUAACUGGAUGUCUAUCUGCCUCUAUGCUUUCCUGAGGGACUCCGCAGGGGAGUCCCUCUACAUGCUGUUCCGAGCCAUCAAGCACCAGGUGGACAAGGGCCCAGUGGAUGCCAUAACAGGGAAGGCCAAAUACACCCUGAACGACAACCGCCUGCUGAGGGAUGACAUUGAGUACCACACGCUGACGCUAAAUGUGCUGAUGCAGAGUGGGUCUGGGAACGAGGCCCAGUCAGUUCCGUCCAAGGUGCUGGACUGUGACACCAUCACUCAGGUGAAGGAGAAGAUCUUGGACCAGGUGUACAAGGGAACCCCCUUCUCCCACCGGCCACACACAGAUUCCCUUGACCUUGAGUGGCGUUCAGGCGUGGCAGGCCACUUGAUCCUCUCUGAUGAAGAUCUCACAUCUGUGGUGCAGGGAAGUUGGAAACGCCUCAACACUCUGCAACACUACAAGGUGCCAGACGGAGCAACUGUGGCACUGGUUCCUCGCCUCAACAAGCACAUUCACCAUGACAGCCAUGACUAUGUUGCCGGAGAGAAGACACCAAUGCUGGAGGAUGCCGAUGAAGGUGGCGUGAAACUGUGGCAUCUGGUGAAGGCUAGUGAGGAAACAGAGUUGCCCAGGCAUCGGCGUGGCAGCCUGAAGGAGAGGGAGAGGGCCAAGGCCAUCCCAGAGAUCUACCUCACACGUCUGCUUUCCAUGAAGGGCACCUUGCAGAAAUUUGUGGAUGACCUGUUCCAAGUGGUCCUCAGCACUAGCAGGCCAGUCCCUUUAGCUGUCAAGUACUUCUUUGACCUGCUUGAUGAGCAUGCAGCACAACAUGGUAUCACUGAUCCAGAGACUAUCCAUAUAUGGAAGACCAACAGUUUGCCCUUGAGAUUCUGGAUCAACAUCAUCAAGAACCCCCAGUUCAUCUUUGACGUGCAGGCCUCGGAUAAUGUUGACGCUGUGCUAUCAGUCAUCGCUCAGACCUUCAUGGACUCCUGUACUAUUGCGGAGCACAAGCUGGGCAGGGAUUCACCAAUCAACAAGCUGCUGUAUGCAAGAGAUAUCCCGCGGUACAAACAGAUGGUGGAGAGGUACUAUGCCGAUAUCCGACAGACCAUCUCUGCAAGCGACCAGGAGAUGAACUCCGCUCUGGCUGAGCUGUCCAGAAAUUACUCAGGUGAAUUGAAUUACCUUGUGGCGCUGCACGAAUUGUAUAAAUACAUCAACAAGUACUACGACCAGAUCAUUACUGCCUUAGAGGAGGACACCACAGCCCAGAAGAUGCAGCUUGGCUACAGGCUGCAGCAAAUCGCUGCCGCUGUGGAGAACAAAGUGACAGACUUAUGACAGUGUAGAUGUCUUCAGUGCCAAGGACAGUGAGACCUCGGGAAGGGACAGGAGGCCACGUUGGAUCAGCCGUCCUCUUCUCUCCCCAAUAGGUGGCGUGCAGGAAGAGAGAGGAGCGACCCUGGAGCCUCUCUACCACCCCCUUGUAGCCACUGGCUGGAAGCCCAAUGUUUUGCCUCCUAUGUUUUGGUUCUUUUUCUUAGAACAUUAGAGAUGUUGUACAUUGUCAGUUGCACCAUGGAAAGAAACGGGGGCUGCAUGUAUAAAUUCACAUGCAAUCUUUUUCUUCCCUGACAUUCUUGGGAAGGGGGGGGAAGGGGGGGGUUGCCAAAGUGUUUCAAGCUGAUAGCUGCUUCUCAGUGGAAACAAGUAAUUGGGGACCGAACAGCAAGUGCUCUGAAGAACAUCAACAAUAAUCAGUGCUUACUUUCCACAGUGGUUCAUUUGUUUCAGUCUUGCUUGUUAUAUCUCUGAAAAGAGUUCACAAGUUACCCUCUUGAGUGUCUUAGUAUAAAGGCGCUGUGCGGCAGCACUGUUCUUGUAGUGCAUUUCCUGUUCCGCAUACACUGUUAUGCAGAGGCUGGGCAUUACAGCGCUAACAGUGCUUUCUUUGAUCCACAGUUGUCACACACUGCUGUGACAGUGAGAUACAUUUACACUGGUAAAUGGUAUUUAAUGGUCCAUUUUGGUAAGAAAAUGGGUGGUCAUUCGGGCUAAAGAAAUUGCAGUUUGACCUAGAACCAGUCUGUAUGAUCUCUUAGAUGUUGUCCUGUCUUUUUUCCCAAAUGAAUGAAACUAGUCUUAUUAUUGCAUCCAUGAGCCACGUUCUACCUCUUCUUUUUAUUAAGUGGCCUGCUACACAGUGUGCAAAUGUCUUUAAAAUGUGAGUUUCUCUUUCACGUUGUAAUGGGAAAAUGUUCUUUGGAAACUGUAAGAUGUUCCUGUCUUCCUGCUUUUGCAGUUCCUUUCUGGGUUUUUUCUUUUCUCUAGAGCAA